AUUUUGCCUUCCGUAGUAUUCAAAGAGAAUAUAGCCAUCAAAAUAGCCAUUUUCUAUAUAAUAAUGGUCUUUGAUUUUUGUUAUUAAAGUAAUAUUUAUCACAGUAUUAAUUCUAUAAGUAAAUGUAAAUUGGUCAUAUUAUUAAGUUAUGUACAACAGCUGUGCUAGAAUUUUCAAUCACUGUAAACAUUUGGAAAAAAGAAAUUUAAAGGUGUUUUGCAGUGCUACAGUUCCGAACAAGAGAAGGGUAAAAUCUAAAAUGGACUUGGAAUUAAAAUCUCGGGAAAAUCCAAUAGUCAUUAAACUGGACACCCCAGAAUUCAAGAGCAUUUUAUCUCAAGAAGUUAAAUAUCUAAAAGAGUUGUUCGACAAAUACCAAUAUGAAAUCCGGGUAGCUGGAGGAGCAGUCAGAGAUUUAUUGAUGUCUAUGCAACCCAAAGACCUUGAUUUUGCAACCACAGCUACUCCGCAACAAAUGAAAGAAAUGUUUACUGCUGAAAAUAUCAGAAUGAUUAACAUGAAUGGAGAAAAGCAUGGGACAAUAACACCAAGGAUUAAUGACAAGGAGAAUUAUGAAAUCACAACACUGAGGAUAGAUAUGGUCACAGAUGGUCGACAUGCAGAGGUGCAAUUCACUACUGACUGGAAAUUAGAUGCUAAUAGAAGAGACCUCACCAUAAAUUCGAUGUUCUUGGGUUUUGAUGGCUCUGUUUAUGAUUACUUUUUUGGUUAUGAAGAUUUGCAAAAACGACGAGUAGCCUUUGUUGGUGAUCCAGAUGUAAGAAUAAAGGAAGACUAUCUCAGGAUAAUGCGUUAUUUCCGUUUUUAUGGAAAAAUUGCUGAAAACCCUGAUAACCAUGAUGAAAAGACCCUUGAGGUUAUAAAAGAAAAUGCUCCAGGCUUACAAAAUAUAUCAGGAGAAAGAAUAUGGGUAGAGCUAAAGAAGAUGCUCCAAGGCAAAUUUGCUGGCCAUUUGUUAAAAACCAUGAUAAGUAUUGGCAUUGGACAAUACAUAGGAUUACCAUUAUCAACUGAUUUGGAUGAACUAGACAGGGUUCUGAAAAGAGCAGAACAUUUAAAACUCCAUCCUAUGAGUUACUUGGCAGCCUUACUCAAGGAUAUUGAUGAAGUUACUGUUCUUCAUAGUAGACUUAAAUUCUCUGGCUAUGAGAGAGAUAUGACAUACUUCCUUGUAGAACACAGAGGAGACAAAAUAUGCAUGAAACCAUUGCAGCCCUAUGAAAAACUUGUAUUGAAUACAAAAAUAAAACAGAAAGAUGCAGUGGAUUAUGUUCGAGAAGUAUUAAAGUACAGGGGUGAAGAGGCUCUGAUAGAACAAUUUAACAAAUGGGAGAUACCUAAAUUCCCAAUAAAUGGCAAGGUGAUGAUGAAUGCUAAAGUGCCCCCUGGGAAAAUGUAUGGUCCUAUCAUAAAUAAACUAAAAGACAUAUGGAUAGAGAGUGACUACCAGCAAACUGCAGAUGAUUUGGUUAAAUUAAUACCAGGGAUAAUUGAUGAAAUUAAAAAUAAAUAAAAUUAUAACUAGCCAA